ACAUUCAAUGCGCCCGUCACGUGAUUGGGGGAGGGGAAGGGGUUGCCAGAUGCAACCAACGAAGUUGAGAACUCAAGUUUGCGGGGAGGAUACCGAGCGUUACGCUGUGUCGUGUUCCCCGCGUGUCAUGUUCCGCGUUUAUUCUCGUGGGUUUUGUGUGUCAUUCUGUGUCGUUCUACUGGGAUAGUGUUAGUGAAUGUUACAAUUUGAAAUCUGACGCUGUAUAUUCAUUUGCCUGUUUUUUGUGGCACUAUUCCUUUGUAUUAUAAACUUUAGUUUUAAUUUUUGAAAGUUGGGGAAGUGUUGACACCCUUCAACGUGACUCUGUUAGGUGCAACACACUUGACGUGACGCGGGACGAGGAGUCUUUUUUGACGAAGAAGGCAGGCUGCAGAGCAACACUGUUUUGUGUUCAACGCCAGCGGCGAGCUUCGGAGUCCGCAGACACUGCAGAUGUGGAAGUGAAGAUGGCGUUGAUCUCAGCUUUGUGGUCUGAGACCCUAAGGUGUAAAAUAGCAUCUACUACACAAGGAUUUGUAGAAAAAGUUAUUCUUUGGAGCAACUCGUUUAAUUGA